GGGCCUCUUCUCGAGCUGAGAGAAGCAGGGGCGGGGCCUCCCCAAAUGCGGUUCCCGUGGACCCCUGAGACCCACGGCCCAGACGCAGGGUGGCUGGAGGGAAGUGAGAGGUGAACCCGGCCUGGCCUGGCGGGUGCAGGCCCUCUGUCACCCACUCUCCUGGACUGCUGAGGGCCAUGGCUGUGGCCCAGCAGCUGCGGGCUGAGAGCGACUUUCAGCAGCUUCCCGAUGACGUGGCCAUCUCAGCCAACAUCGCCGACAUCGAGGAGAAGAGGGGCUUCACCAGCCACUUCGUAUUCGUCAUCGAGGUGAAGACGAAAGGGGGCUCCAAGUACCUCAUCUACCGCCGCUACCGCGAGUUCUACGCCCUGCAGAGCAAGCUGGAGGAGCGGUACGGGCUGGACAGCAAGAGCAGCCCGCUGACCUGCAGCCUGCCCACCCUCCCAGCCAAAGUCUACGUGGGUGUGAAACAGGAGAUCGCUGAGGCCAGGAUACCCGCCCUCAACGCCUACAUGAAGCCUUCCUCAAGCCUGCCCAUCUGGGUGCUGAUGGACGAGGACGUCCGGAUCUUCUUCUAUCAGUCGCCCUACGACUCGGAGCAGUUGCCCCAGGCUCUCCGCCGGCUCCGCCCGCGCACCCGGAAAGUCACUUAAGUGGGAGCUCAGGGGGUGUUCCUUCCUCCUGCCUUACCACACCCUUCUUUCCAGGCCCUGUUUGACUUCACUGGGAACAGCAAACUGGAGCUGAAUCUGAAAGCUGGAGAUGUGAUCUUCCUCCUCAGUCGGGUCAACAAAGACUGGCUGGAGGGCACCGUCCGGGGAGCCACAGGCAUCUUCCCGCUGUCCUUCGUGAAGAUCCUCAAGGACUUCCCCGAGGAGGACGACCCCACCAACUGGCUGCGCUGCUAUUACUACGAGGACACCAUCAGCACCAUCAAGGACAUCGCCGUGGAGGAAGACCUGAGUAGCACCCCACUCUUCAAGGACCUGCUGGAGCUCAUGAGGCGGGAGUUCCAGAAGGAGGACAUCGCCUUGAAUUACCGGGACACCGACGGGGACCUGGUCCGGCUGCUCUCGGACGAGGAUGUGAGGCUCAUGGUGAGACAGGCCCAAGCCCUCCCCGCGCGGAAGCGCCUCUUCCCCUGGAAGCUGCACAUCACCCAGAAGGAUGACUACAAGGUCUACAACACAGUCCCCUGAGCAGGGGGUGCCCCUCCCUGGGGCCAUGCGGGGACACCUGCAGGAACGCCCAUUUAAGAAAGACUAAACGGACCUUGCGACGUCUGUUCACACAAACCCGAUCGUUCGGCUUCUAAUGCGUUGCCUGGCCAGAUUCACGGAGAACUCCAGCCGCUGCAAAACAACUGCACCCUGCACAGGACACGCCCUGCAAAGAGCCUCGAGAGACAGGGUGGGGUUCUCCAAUGGCCUCCCACUCUCCCCCUCCCACCCGUGACCCGGGCUGGGGCCAGAAUCCAUGUGGCCUCACUUUGGAAUUGUUCUGGAACGCAGAGGCGAUGCUGCUAUUAGAACGCUGAGCCCUGGGGAGGCCCUGCGGUGGGGAGUCUGGACCGGGGGCUCUUGUGUGAGGUCAAGGCCUUGGGGGUAAGGGACGAGGUGAUCCUGGGACAGUGACAGAAAGCAGAAGAAGGAAAAAGUCCCCCCACACCCUGAAGUACAGUGUUCCCAGUUUAGGAUGAUGUGAGAUGUGAGAUGUCACGCAGAUUAAGAUGAAGCUUAUUGUCAAAAUCAACAAAUUUCUGUGAGUGAGAACAGGCAGUAACAAUAAACAAUUGCUUUAGAGUCCCAGGGACUAUGGGUUAUUGAACUACGUGGCUAAAAUGUUUAAAGAAAUAAAGAACAAAAUCAUCACAA